ACUGACAAAUGCGCUCGUCAUUUACCCGCUGCGUUCACAAAAUACCAGCUAUAUCGAGGAAUUAGAUAGUUUUGAAUGCAUUUGAGCUCGUUUGGCUGCUGUUUAAAGCGAAACAAACAAACUUCCGCAUAGGGAGCCGACUGUAUUUAAGGUCCCCCCCUCCUCCUGUGCUCCAAGCAUCAAACGCAUUGGUUCCUGUUCCUAGCGUGAAGCGUUUAGUGCCCGGGUUCUUCUUCCGGGCACGUUAUUGUUGCAUCAGCAUCAAACCAUCCAGCAACUGUGGCAAUGUCGACCUCAGGAGAGCCAGCCUUUGAGUAUGGCUUCUUGCUACAGAUAAAUGAGGAGGCUGCGCUGGCAGUGGCCCUGAAUGACUACCUAACAUCACGCAGCUACCUGGCUGGGUUCUGCCCCUCCCAGGCCGACCAGAAAGCCUUUAAGCUCCUCCACAGGCCCCCAGAACCGCAACAUGUCCACGCUCUGCGCUGGUACAGACACAUAGCAGCCCUGCAACAGGACCUCAGCCCUGAGAGCAGCAUGAAAGGAAAGCGGGUUCAGCCCCCUUGGUCUCCGCCAACAGGAACAGAUAUUCCCCAACUUCGACUCUACAACAGCCUGACAAGAACAAAGGAGCCGUUUGUUCCUCAGAAAGGGAAUAAAGUGACGUGGUACAGCUGUGGGCCUACAGUGUACGAUGCCUCACACAUGGGACAUGCCAGAUCCUACAUAUCUUUUGAUAUUCUGCGAAGGAUACUGAGGGAUUACUUCAAGUAUGAUGUCUUCUACUGCAUGAACAUCACAGACAUAGAUGACAAAAUCAUUAAAAGGGCUCGGCAGAACUACCUCCUGGACCAGUACAAGGAGAAGGAGCCGCGAGCUGCUCAAAUACUGCAGGAUGUCCUGAGUGCCAGAGAGCCUUUUCAGGCGCACAUGGCUUCGACAGCAGACCCAGAUAAGAAGCAGAUGCUGGAGAGGCUGGACGCUGCUGUUACAGAUGCUCUGCAGCCCCUGCAGGCAGCGAUGAACGCCAAAGCAGCAGAUGAGGUCGUCCAACCUCUGGCCCAGGUGCUGCUGGAGAAUUCCAAGGACUUGCUGGCUGAUUGGUUGGACAAACAGUUUGGAAGUCAAGUCACAGAGAAUUCAAUCUUCUCCAUUCUCCCCAAGUAUUGGGAGGGAGAGUACCACAAAGACAUGGAAGACCUGAAUGUUCUUCCUCCAGACGUCCUCACGCGAGUCAGUGAAUACGUGCCGGAGAUUGUGGAGUUUGUGAAGAAGGUUGUCUCAAAUGGUUACGGGUAUGAAUCAAACGGUUCUGUGUACUUUGACACCUCGAAGUUUGAUGCCUGUCCGCAGCACUCGUAUGCCAAACUGGUGCCAGAGGCAGUUGGAGAUCAGAAAGCUUUAGAAGAGGGGGAAGGGGACCUGAGCAUCUCUGCUGACAGAUUAGGUGAGAAAAAGUCCCCCAAUGACUUUGCCUUGUGGAAAGCCUCCAAGCCCGGAGAGCCUUCAUGGGACUCCCCAUGGGGGAAGGGAAGGCCUGGCUGGCAUAUUGAAUGUUCGGCCAUGGCUGGCUCCAUCUUGGGAGAGUCCAUGGACAUCCACGGUGGGGGGUUUGAUCUCCGGUUCCCCCAUCACGACAACGAGUUGGCUCAGUCUGAGGCUUUCUUUGAGAAUGAUCACUGGGUCAGGUACUUCCUGCACACCGGGCACCUGACGAUUGCAGGCUGCAAGAUGUCGAAGUCGCUGAAGAAUUUCAUCACUAUUAAGGAUGCCUUAGCCAAGAACACAGCUCGCCAGCUCCGUCUGGCUUUUUUGAUGCAUUCCUGGAAAGACACUCUGGACUACUCUCCCAACACAAUGGAGUCAGCCGUCCAGUACGAGAAGUUCAUGAAUGAGUUCUUCCUGAAUGUGAAAGACAUACUGCGUAGUCCUACUGACAUCACCGGUCGGUUUGAGAAGUGGGAGGCUGCAGAGAUGGAGCUUAACAACAGUUUCUACGACAGGAAGUCCGCCGUCCACGAGGCUCUGUGUGACAAUGUGGAUACUCGCACCGCCGUGGAGGAGAUGAGAGUGCUGGUCAGCCAGAGCAACAGCUACAUCGCCAGCAGGAAGAGCGCCAAGCUGAAGCCCAACCGCACGCUGGUGGAAAGUAUCGCCGUGUAUCUCACCAACAUGCUGAAGAUAUUUGGUGCCAUUGAUGGAUCCGAGUCCAUCGGUUUCCCAGUGGGAGGACAAAGUCAGAACAUUGAUCUGGAGACCACAGUGAUGCCGUACCUCACCGUGCUGUCAGAUUUCAGAGAGGGCAUCCGAAAGAUUGCCCGAGAGCAGAAAGUGACGGAGUUGCUGCAACUGUGCGAUGUUGUCCGUGAUGAUACGCUACCGGAGCUCGGAGUCCGACUGGAAGAUCAUGAAGGUCUGCCUACAGUGGUGAAACUGGUGGACAAAGAGACAUUACUGAAGGAGCGAGAGGAGAAGAAGAAGAUGGAAGAAGAGAAGAGAAAGAAGAAGGAAGAGGCUGCCAGGAAGAAACAAGAACAAGAGAUGGCGAAACUCGCAAAGAUGAAGGUCCCUCCAUGUGAACUGUUUCGCACGGAAACAGACAAGUAUUCCAAAUUUGAUGAAACGGGUUUCCCCACUCAUGAUGUUGAAGGCAAGGAGCUGAGCAAAGGACAGGCCAAGAAGCUGCGCAAGCUCUUCGAGGCCCAGGAAAAACUGCACAAUGAGUAUCUUCAGAUGAACCAAAAUGGCAACUGAUUCUGUUUACAAACUAUAAAAACGCCAUCCGCUCUGCAGAAUAAAUGUUAAGGCCAGAGAUGCCGGGUCAUCGUUUGUCUCCCGUUAAUCUGGUUCGGAUCAGAAAGCAACGCAAGUGAUGUUUUGUUUUGUUUUUCUCAGUGAGUUUCAGAAAGACGGUUAAAAUUGACUUCAUAACCAAAGUCUGUGCAUCAUUUUUCAUAAUGGGGGAAAUCGAAAACAAGGCGAUGAGUGAAGUGAGGUUUAAUGAUGUGACAGUGUAGCAGAGUGCUGAUGAGUCUCUGUCGGCACUCUGCUAACGCUGUCUUCAAACGUUUUAUACAUUAAUGAUGUUUUCGACUGAAUCUCUGAAACACUGCCAGUAAUUUAAAGGAUUUUUUUAUUGUAUGAUUUAAGCUUGGGAAAUGGGGACUAACCUAGAGGAUAUACAGAUGGGUAACAAAGUAAAAGAAAAAACAACUUGAAAAGUCUUAGUAAGAUGUUGUUCCACCAUGAGCCUCUAGAACAGCCAGGUGUGCAACUCGGCACUGGAGGGAUAAACACUGUUUUUCCGAGAGAUUUUCCCUCCUUUGGUGCUUUGAUGUCAGGUCGGGCUGAGAGGUGGAGACUGUGAAGCCUCUAGUAAAGAUUCACAUGGUUUUCUCAUCAAGCCGUUCAUGUUGCUAAUUUAUUCAGGUUUUUCCUUUUUAAUUUGUCACCUCUCUGGAUCUACAGUAUAUUUAGAGAUCGGAAUCGGCUGAAGGCAUCGGGGCUGCAACUAACGAUUAUGUUCAUUAUCGGAUUAUCGGCCAAUUAUCCCUCUUGAUUCAUCGUUUUUUGUCUCUAAGAUUUAAGUAAAUAGUGAAAAAUGCACGUUACAGUUUCCCACAACAAAAUGAGAUGCUUGUUUUAUUUGACCAACAGUCUAACGAUAGAAACAAAUUCUGACAUCUGAGAAGCAGAAAAGCAAAUGUUUGGCGCUUUUGUUUGGAAAAAUUACUAAAACAAUCGAUCGAUUAUCAGAUUAGUGCGGUCGAUCGAUUAAUCCGCUUGUUCUUGCAGUUCUAAAAAGGCACCUUUUUGAAAUAAAAACAGUGUUGGACCAAUGCUGUUUUAGUCGAGUUGGCAUUUUUGUGUUUUUUUUUCUUUUUUUAAUCUUCUUUUCUAGUAAUAUAUCUCUUUAUGCAACCAUUUAAUUAGCAACUGAUGAUAAAGAGUAUGAACAUUUUAUAGAAAUCACCUUCAGUGAGGUUAACCUGUUCAUAUUAUUCAGCUGAUAAGAAAAAUAACAGUAGUUGGGUUUUUUUGAAAUACCUAGUUUUCCAGAUAUUUGGUCCAAUGCACGAAUAGGUGUGUGUGUGUGUGUGUGUGUGUGUGUGUGUGUGUGUGUGUGUGUGUGUGUGAGAUUUGGUAAAUUUUUGUAACAUAACAUUUUCUGUUUCAUUCCACUGAUGUUUACCAGCUACUGUAAGAACGACUCUCUGUACUUAGAAUAUUUGAGUUAAUUCAGUACUAUAUAUAUUUUUUUUUCCUCCACAUAUUUGCAUCAGCCAUAAGUGUUUUUGGUUCAUUCCUCAUUUCAGCUACAUAUUUGGCACAUUUACUGGAUUUGUACAAUCUUAAAGGACAUGGCUAUAUUUUUAUUUUAUUGUUUUAAAUCCCAUGAGAAGACCAAAACCAACAAUGCUUUAGUUUGUCUCUCUGUACUGACUGUCUGUGUCUCUCAGCCCCAAGCACAGUGUUAAAAUAUAUAUAUAUAUAUAAUUAGUCAAAUAGGAGGAGGAGUUUGUUAGGGACUAUUUUCUGUGGUGGAAUAAUACACAUUUGAUUCUGAGUCUUUCAACAAUGAAGCUUAAAAAUAUAUCAGACAGCUCUUGUCAGUAGGAUCAAUUCAUUGUUGGUUUUGAUCUUUUUUUGAAUGGGAUUUGUUGAUAAUAAAUAAUAGAAUAAUACCAGACUUCUAAUUUAAAUCUGGGCAGAUGUUUUCUCAUCAUAACCCUCUGUCAUGGCGUGGGGGAAACCACAUGAAGAGGAGCUUUUUAUUAUUCAACCGUCCAUUAGGGUCAUGUGUUAGGUUUUUUUUGUACUGUUUGUUUCGCAAUUUCUUGGCUAUGUGAAGGCAUGGCUGCAGUUAACGCUUUCCGAAGAUGCUCAAAUAAAAAACUGCUGUUCUUCCUUUCAAGAAAAAUAACUGGUCAUCUCUGUGAACUCUUCAGGGAUGUCGACUCUUAUCGGAAACCCCCCUGAGCAAGAUAGUUGUUGAUUAUUGCAGAGACUGAAAUAACAUUGUUUAAGAGCAGCCAAUGUAAAUGGAUGAAUGGGUGUUUAUUACUCCAAUAAAAGGCAUUUGAAAUGGGACUUCAAA